AUGGAUCAAGACGGCGGUCUGGCGAGUCAUCUCCAAACCACUCCUAGAAGCGCAUCUACGUCAGAUCCAGAGGUCUUCGCCCUGGCCAAAGAUUGGAUCGAAACCUGUGCAAGGACCCAUGCCAAAUGCCAGACUGCUUCAAGUACGCAGUGGUAUCCGACACGGCUGAUAGAUCUGCGAUUCAUGCCUGAAGAUAAUAUGGAAAUGGUACGACUAGUGUCGCAAAAAGAUGCCGAGAAAAGGGACGACCAUCCACCCUUUGAAGGUAGAUAUGUAACUUUGAGCCACCGAUGGGGCCAGGUCGAGAUCCCCAAACUCAGACAAUACAACCGAUCCGACUUUCAAACCUCGAUGCUGUUGAAGAAUCUCCCUCCAACCUUCCAACACGCAAUGCAGUUUGCACGCGAGCUUGGUGUGCGGUGGAUGUGGAUCGACGCCCUAUGCAUCAUCCAAGGAGACGAGCAGGACUGGCUUUUUGAGAGUUCGCACAUGGACAAAGUGUAUGCUUUCAGCUAUUGCAACAUCUCGGCCACCGCGGCCAUGGACGGCUCAAAGGGCCUCUUCAAUCAAAGAGACCCCCGUCGGAAAUGGUUCGACAGCGUGAGUCUAAGAACGCAGGACCUCUCUGGGGAUGCGAAGGUAGUUGAGUGCACUAUCUCCGAUCUGUCUUUCUGGGAUGAAUAUGUCGACAAUGCACCUGUCAACAGGCGGUCUUGGGUGUUCCAAGAACGGCUUCUCGCGCCAAGGGUGUUACAUUGGUGUAAAGACCAAAUUGCAUUUGAAUGUCACGAGCUGGACAGAGCAGAAUGCCGGCCAGAAGGACUUCCACAUCUUCAGAUGAAGGCGGGCCAACUCAUUAACCAAGCUCGCCUGAAGGCCAUGGAUAGGGAAGUUGGCAAGCGACUUCGCGAAUUGAGGCUGGCAUCUUUGCACGGUUCUUUCCGUUCCAAAGGAUUAAAGUGGAUGGUCGAUGGCGACGAGAAACUGUACCUUUACGAAGUCUGGAAACGGAUGGUCGAGGUCUACACCAAGAUGGAACUGACAGACGAAAGAGACCGACUCAUUGCGUUGUCCGGUAUCGCAAGAAUGAUGACGAGGAUCUUGAGGCUAGAUGGCAGCGAGGACCAAUAUCUCGCCGGUAUGUGGCAGAACUACAUCGCAAGCCAGUUACUGUGGUAUGUCAACGACGCAGAGGGGGAAGGCAAGGAGGCACAACCGCUGGAAAACACUCGGCCAGAGCAAUAUCGUGCUCCCAGUUUCUCGUGGGCUUCGGUUGAAACUCCGCGAGGUGUCACCUUCCCGGAGACAACGGACAAGGGCAUUCUGGUGGAAGUCCAGGUAGUCAGACUGACCUAUCGGACCGAGGACGACAUGUUCGGCAUUCUCACAGACGGCUAUCUGGUGCUCAAAGGUGUGCUGAGGAGAAUCGAGUUGACGGAUACGGAGCAGGACCAGAGCUCAUUGACCUCGAUACGCCAGUCUAUGGCAAGUUGUCCUCCAGCGGCUUUGAAAAGACAUAUCACUGACUGGCGCAGUGGCAAUGGUAUACUCGGACCACUAGCUCCCUUACUGUCGCCGUUAUCAGCUUGGAUCCUAUACUUUGUUAAAGCUGGUAUUUACGAACGUAAACACAAGAGCCCCGAACAGGAAUACCAACCAAACCGAUACAGCUGGCGUCUGAUGCAAAAAGGUGUGCCUGUUGGCGACUCACAUUCCAUUGUAUACUUGGACAGUCCCGCCAGUAAACCCACGGUAUUUGGCCCAGAUGCACAGGUCUUUUGUUUGCCGGUCUCACAAGAUGAUCUGCAUUUGAACUGUCUCCUCGUGCAGGCUACUGACGGAGACCACGGCAUCAGGUACAAGAGAGUUGGACUGACGAAGAUAUUAAAUCUGUUCGAUCAGGACGUUGAGACCAUCAAAGAGCCUCCCACCAGAAAAACAGACAAAGCCCUGGGCAGAUAUUACUGGGGUCCGAACACUCGAUUUCGAGGCGAAAGCCAUAUCUGCAUUAUCUGA